UACUGUCAUUCUGGCAUGGGAAUGCUGAACUAAAUUAGUUUAGCAGCCCCCACAUCUACAGGUACUUGAAAAACAUCUAAUACCUUACAUAUGUUUUUUUCCUUCUAACAGUGAAUACCCACCUGUUUUUUCCAGAGCAGCAUAAGUGGUCUUUACAGAACAUAUUGGGAAGCCAAGCGGGCAAUUGUCUGUGCUGUUUAUUUUUAUGCCAUCAUGGAGCAGUAGCACAUUUCCAAGAUGCUCACCUAGGACACACCUGCCUAGGAGUUUUGGCUCCAUAGAAAAAGCUCUUCGUCUGGACUCGAUGGAACAUACACAGUCUUCACCAGCAGUUGGGGAUGAAGCUAAGAGGCAGUUGCCAGCACUGGAAAACAUCUCUCAGCACACACUGAUUGCAGCAUUGAAGGCAAAUAUUAGGAUGGGUGAACAAGGAUUGGGUCUCAUAAUCAUACAGAAUGGGCCAUAUCUCCAGAUAACAAGCCUUGUUGAGAAAAGCUCUGCAGCUAACAAUGGAAAGCUGAAACCAGGUGAUGUUCUAGUAAAAAUUGGACAUGCUAAUGUUUUAGGAUGGACUCUGCGAGAGCUUAGGCAACUCCUGCGCAAUAUUCCUAUAGGAACUACUCUACAAAUCAGAGUUUACAGAGAUUUUGUUGAAGUACCUCAACACUGGCAAAGUGCAGUUGAAUUAAUUCCUGAAGUAAAGCUUCCUGUGAUGACAGCACACAUGAACGAAGACACCGAGGACGAAGACGACACCGGGUCCAGUAGCGAUGAUGAUGUAGACUUGGAAACUUUUCACUAUAAAUCUUCCCAGCCAUACUGUUGUGAGUUCACUCAUAAGUUACCAUCAAUACCCAAAAUUUGGCAGAUAUCCGAUACAGGCCAGACACUUAGAGUAGGCACAGACACUGUUUGUGAUGCUGUACUUCACGAUGAUGUUGACGCAUUGUGCAGUCGUAAGUUUGAUGCUAGUGGUGUUAGACCUCCUUCAUACCGGGCUAUGGAAAACAAUGAGACCAGUUCCUCUUCCCCCUGCCCUUCUGUAUCAGAUACAUCCUAUUUGGAAGGAUUUGCCGUUGUUUCAGAAUAGCUCAAAACUUCUUCAAAACCUAGAUUUCUGAAGUUUUAUCUGUUUUCUUUUAAUAUAUGCCUAGACUUCAAAAAAACCUAAAUGUCCUAAGAUAUUUGAAAUCAUAUAUUAGCUAUAUAAAGCUGUUUUAGCAAUGCCUUCCCACCCCUCAAAGAUGUCUAUCAAUGCUACUUGUAGAGAAGACAUUCAGAAACAUGAGCUCUACUAGCCCCAGACAAGUAGCAGUUGCAAGCUCUAAGGUCUUAUAUUCAUCUUUGUUUGAAGGUAAGUUUCUUCAUUUACUUGAUCUAAGGAUCAUGGAGUUAGUUUAUCAAGAACUUCCUGAACGUACAAGAAUACAUGGACAACUAGUGGCAAUUACAGUAUUUGUCUGCAUCACAGUAAUCAUUUUUGAUAUAACUAUUUUUUACAUUGACU